AUGUCUGAUUUUGCCGGUGAUAAUUCAAAACCACGAGUUGUGGUUUUAGGAGGGUGCGGUUUCAUUGGCCGGAACCUCGUGGAGUACUUGAUAUCAAACGACUUGACCGACAUCGCGUCGGUGGCGGAGGAAGCUAACGACAAGCACCUGACGGCGUGGGCCGACAUCUGCCGCAAGUACUCGCUGGAGCACACCCCCCUGGAGCCGUCCGCGGGCGUGGAGCUGCUGCUCAACAAGCAACUGUGCCUCGACGGCUCCAAGCUGCGGGACGCCCUGGGCUCUUCGCUCGAAGUGCCUGCGCCUACUCCCGAUAGGCUAAAAGAGGUAGGGUGUUGA